GUUUUUUAUCAACAAGCUGAUGAAACGACCGUGGACAGACAGGAAAAGGUGUGUGAUAUGUCAGACUCUGCACAUUUCUCUCAGUUGCUUUGGCCUGUAAAGUCUUCAGACAGCAUGCAUGACCUCCUUUUUCUUGUCUUGUUCAGGUUAAUUUCGCCACACGCGAUGGCGGGAACAGUUUAUCAGUUUCCCCCGUCAGUGAAAGAGAGAUCGGGGGAUACAGUGACCAUGCACUGCCAACUCAAUGAGGUGCAGUCAUUCUGUCACACAGUGGCCUGGGUCCGAGUAAAUCCAGUAAGUGGAAUCAUAGACAUUCUGCAGGAUGCAAACAUCCCUCCUCAGACUAAAGAUGAGGUGGAAAACCCAGUGUGUCAGGCUUCCAUCUACAACGCAACGGUACAGGAUUCUGGGACAUAUUACUGCAUCGCUACAGACCGUGAGCAUAUGUACCUUGGGAAUGGCACAGCUGUCACCUUACAUGGUACUGUAUUAGAACAUGGUGGUACUCGAGCUGACAGCACUGUUAUGCCGUCUGUUGAUAUCGUGGCAUUUGCCAGCAGCAACAACCACUCUACAGUCACUCUUCAGUGUACAGUCAGGGGAUCUGCUCCAUCACAGGUCUUUGUGUACUGGCUCAUAGGUAGUAGAAAAGAAAAUGGACAAACGUUGGUUGUUUGGGAAGAAGGCGAAGAGAACUCAGUGAAAACUCAGAAUAAUGUAGCGGUAUCAGCUGAGGAGUGGAAGAUUGAAGGACAGAGCACCUGUGUUGUGAAGUUUGGUGGAUGGAUGUUCAACACAACUCUUCAUCAUUAUGAUAUUCAGGACACUUGUUAUCCUCUCGUCGGUGUAACUAGAUUUUUUGCACUUGUCGCCGCUCUUCUCUUUUUCAUUACCUCAUUAAUAUUAGCAGGACGCUUCUAAACCACGGAAAUUUUGUAUUUGAUUCUGUGACCUGAAAACAUCAAAUAAAUAAAUACAAUUUGUUACAAAUAAAUAUUUUUGCAUAAAGCUUGAAUCAACUUUAUUUAGUUUGCAUAGGUUUUAUUUCUACAUUGGCAGGGAUACAUACUAUACAAGACACUGCU